AUGUGUAAGUUUUUGCCUGAACUUCGAGCUCAUCCAUGUCGGUCGGCAUUUCGAAAACGCUUUUAUGCUCGAUUGAGUUAUGAGGAAGAGAAUGAGGACGUAGCUGUAGAUAUUACUGUAAAUAAAAUGAGUACGACCAUUGCUAGAAGCCAACUAGAAUCUUCAAAUUCUGAUACUGCCGAACUACCAUCAAGUAUAUCAAAAUGCAACCGUCAAAGGACUUGGUAUAAUCCAUCAGUUCGACGAAAAAGAUUUGGUUUGUAA